GCAUCAUCACCGCUAACACUAACAUCGUUAUUGUUGAUCCCCUCAUUAUUCCGCGACACAGCAAGAAAUACGCUCGAGAUACCCCUAUUGCAAGCGCAGUAGACUUUCUACUAUUCUCUAGUCGAAUGUCCUUGAUGACAUAUUUCAUGCUUCUAUUUUCUAACCCGGUCUAUACUCAAUAAUACGUUUUAUUUCAGUCUUCGUUUGCAUCUCCGUGGCGCAGACCUGGCGCGAAAACAACCGCGAAGAUGGACCAGGUCAACUUCGAUAUAAAUGAGGCGCUCAAGCACUACAUGAGCGAUCCGGCGGCUAUCGCGACGCCGGAAGCAGACAGUGCUUUGGUCGACUGCGAAACCGAUCCCGAAUCUUUAUCCAACGUCUCCCUCCUCAACCCGAUAUUAAAUCCUAUUAUCGAUGCCGUCGCCGGGAAUCCUGAUGCUAUCAUGCGCAGCUCGUACUUUGAUUCGCUGCAGUUCCUUCUUAAGUGUGCACCCGCUUCCAUUAACCCCCCUGAUAACCUCAAAACUUCACAGCAUCCAGCUUCGAGGACGCAAGAACAUAUUUCUAAGCUUUUCCUACAAUCCAGAUAUACGCAGUUCCUGCCCACGCACGCCCUCAGCAAGAUCUUCGACUUGAUCAUGAGCGGCCUGGCAGCCGAAGCCGAUGCCAUCAACCACGACCUCGAAAACCCGGAGGAACAGGAGAUGAUCGCUCACCACAAAUCUCUACUUGAGAUAUACGGUUUCCUCCUUCAAUGGACUAUCGCUUGCGUCGAGACGAAAGCUGCCGAGAAAUCUUCUACUGCUCCGGUAUCACGUGCCAGGGGUAAGGGCGCCAAGUCAAAGGCUGCUGCGAGCAAAGACAAAGAUGGCAGUUGGGAUAGCGUCGCCCAGCUACAGUCGGCGUUGGAUGUCAUGUCUAAGGUUCUUAAGUUGAAGUUGGGCAAGAUAUUCUUGACGACUAGCGAGCGCGAUACUUUCAUCGGCCUUCUCACGAGGCCUGUCUAUAUGGUCUUGGAGAGCGAGCAGAGAGUCAAGAACACGGCCAUAAAAAUGCAUGCCUUCAAGGUCCUCUGCAUUGCCGUGAAGCAUCACGGUCACGGCUACGCGGCGCAAAUAUCCAUCGUUCAGAAUUUAACCUACUUCGAGCAUCUUUCUGAGCCGAUGGCCGAAUUCUUACAUAUUCUAGCCGAACAAUACGACUAUCCGCAGCUGGCUGACGAGAUUUUGAGAGAGAUUAGCAACAAGGAGUUCAACACCAACGACACGAAGGGCCCGAAAUCGGUCUCGUCCUUCAUUAUUAAGCUUUCAGAACUCGUUCCCCGUCUGGUGAUCAAGCAAAUGACGAUGUUGGCUAAACAGUUGGAUAGCGAGUCAUACACUUUGCGAUGUUCUCUGAUCGAAGUAUGCGGCAACAUGAUCGCCCAUCUCACUACCCAGGAAGAGCGUAGCGAAAACCACAAAUCCCAACUCAAUGCGUUCUUCGACGUAUUAGAGGAACGUUUCCUUGAUAUCAACCCUUACUGCAGGUGCAGAGCCAUGCAAGUCUACACGAGGCUCUGCGACUUGGAACAGAAAUUCCCUAAGCGUCGACAGAAAGUAGCCGAGCUAGCUUGCCGAAGCCUCGAGGACAAGAGUAGCCACGUCAGAAGAAACGCAAUCAAGCUUCUGGGAACUCUGAUCAAGACCCACCCCUUCACCGUGCUACACGGAGCUCAACUAGGCCGCAAGGAUUGGCAAGAAAGGCUCGACAAGGUCGAUGCCGAGUUGGACGCUCUAAAGCCACCAGCAGGAGAACCGGGGCUGGGAGAAGACAAGGCCAACAGCACGGCGCUAGUUGAUGAGCCGACGCAGCUGGAAUCACCUCAGAAGCCAAAGGAGAUGACGGACGAGGAGAAGAUAGCAGCUGUUCAAAAGGCCCAAGAAGACGCCGCAACAUCUGAAGCCAUCGAAAAGUUGACUCUAACAAAGCGGUAUUACACCGACGCUCUCAAGUUCAUCGAGGUUCUUCACGAGGCCACAUCUACCGUCUGCCAACUGCUUGGAUCCAAGAACAAGUCUGAAGUUAUCGAGGCAAUGGACUACUUGGAGAUCGGCAACGCAUACAAUAUCGAAGAUAACAUGGUGGGAAUUCGACGAAUGAUGCGCCUCAUUUGGACCAAGGGCAACAGUGACGAAGGCAAGGGCGUGCAAUCGCAUCUUAUUGACUGCUACAAACGAUUAUUCUUCGAAGCGCCAGACAGUUUCACCCCGAACGACGCCGCCAUAUAUAUUGCGAGAAACAUGAUCAGUCUUACUUCGGGCACGACACCAGCGGAGCUAACGAGUUUAGAGCAACUCCUCGCGACUAUGAUGAAGGGUGGCAUGAUUUCCGAUCGAGUCGUUACGAAGCUUUGGGAGGUAUACGGCUUCCAUAAGAGAGAGAUAUCUCGAUCCCAGCGACGAGGUGCUAUUAUCGUGCUUGGCAUGCUUGCCACCGCCGCCCCCGAGAUCGUUGUCGGCGAGAUGGAGACGAUGCUACGGACAGGACUCGGAUCUCAUGGUAGAGCUGACCUCCAGCUAGCCAAGUACACGUGCAUCGCCUUACGAAGGCUUAAUCCUACAGGUCGACAAGCCAAAGACUCGACGAUCAAAUUCAGCCGGCUUCCUAACGAACAUGCCGUGCUGGCGAAGUUAGCGGCGAUUACCGAGGUUCCAAGCGACAGCAAGGAGUGGUUUGGAGUGGCCGAGCAGGCGAUCAACGCUAUAUACGUCCUCGCGAAACAUCCCGACAUAUUAUGUACCGAGAUCAUUAGACGCAGAACGAAGGUCGUAUUCGCGGCGCAGCAGAAGUCACCUUCCGCAUCACGUCCAGGAUCGCGCGAUUUUGAUCCAACUGCCACCGUCGCCGUUGAUCAAGGAAUGACUCAGGGCAUCACUAUGGGUCUCGACGCCCCCACUCAGACUAUCAACCGACUAACAUCAGAACCGCCGGCCGAGCCCAAGCAAAAGGCCGCGAUCGCGCUCUCCCAGCUCCUCUUCAUCGUCGGCCACGUAGCAAUCAAGCAGAUCGUCCACCUCGAACUAUGCGAACUCGAUUUCAAACGUCGGAAGCAGGAGAAGGAGAAGGAGGCCGCCGCUAAGCCCGCCGAGCCAAGACCCUCCGUAGGCCGCAGGGGCAAGACGGCUACACCGGCUCCAGCCGCAGAGGAUCCGGGUGACGAGCUCGACCUCAUUGGCGGUACCACGGAAGACGAUUUCACGGAGGCCAUGGCGCACAUCCGCGAACAAGAGCUCUUGUUUGGGCCGCAGUCGCUGUUGGGCAACUUCGGCCCCAUGGUGGCCGAGAUCUGCUCACGUAGCGAUAUCUACAAGGACAAGAGCCUACAAGCGGCCGCGACGCUAUGUCUGGCGAAGCUCAUGUGCGUCAGCAGCGAGUACUGCGAGGCGCACCUGCCGCUGCUGAUCACGAUCAUGGAGCGGUCGCCGGACGCGACGGUGCGGUCGAACGUGGUGAUCGCGCUGGGCGACAUGGCGGUCUGCUUCAACCACCUGAUCGACGAGAACACGGACUUCCUGUACCGGCGGCUGGCGGACCGGGACCUGUCGGUCAAGCGGACGUGCCUCAUGACGCUGACGUUCCUGAUCCUGGCGGGCCAGGUCAAGGUCAAGGGGCAGCUGGGCGAGAUGGCCAAGUGCCUCGAGGACGAGGACAAGCGGAUCGCGGACCUCGCCCGCAUGUUCUUCACCGAGCUGAGCACCAAGGACAACGCGGUCUACAACCACUUCGUGGAUAUGUUCAGUCUGCUCUCGGCGGACCGCGGCAUGGAGGAGGAGUCUUUUAGGAGGAUUGUUAGGUUUUUGUUGGGUUUUGUUGAGAAGGACAAACACGCCAAGCAACUCGCCGAAAAACUCGCGGCUCGUCUCCCACGCUGCGAGACGGAGCGCCAGUGGAACGAUGUCGCGUACGCGCUGGGCCUGCUGCAGCAUAAGAACGAGGAUAUUACUAAGGUCGUCAGCGAAGGCUUCAAGGUCGUGCAUGCUGCUGCUUAGACUGGCGAUGGCGGCGAUGACUAAGAUGGUGCGUGCGAUGUGUUUGUCUAUAGUAAUGAACCGUUACGUAUGGGAUAAGGUGGUUGGGCUGAUGGGGAUGGGAUGGAGUAGGCGUCUGGCGUUGCUGGUCGAGAUCAAAUAGGAAGUUCGAGCGGCUCCGUGAGAUGUGUUGUGUUUGGUUCGAAUGACAUGAAUGUUAAUAACUGUUUGAGAAGUGCGAUGGCUUUUGGUGAUAUGCUGAGAUCAUGUUACUAUGUACUAGACCUAACUCCUUGAUCUUGGGAUUUGAUUACCCAGCUUGCUUGGGCGUGAUACCCGAGCCGUCUUGGUGAUUGUUGUUUUGAGAUAGACAGCAGCCAAGAAAAUGAGCUAGCCGUCGAGGCUUUAGAUGGUAAUUUCUAAAGUAACUUUUAUCAUCAUGCUGUACAAUGGACAGACCAAUCUAUUCCGAGUAGAAACAUAGAGCAAAACGGAUGGUUAUCACAAACGAAGUUAUUCAAACAAUACAGGCAAGAUUUGACCUAUACACUGACAAUAUUACGAUCCAUA